CACCUUAUCUUGCAUCCCUCCUUCUGCACGAUGUCUGCACAACCUACAAUUCGUCUCGCGACGCCUGAGGACGUCCCCAUCAUCCUUCAAUUUAUCCGCGAGCUUGCCGACUACGAGAAGGCUCUCCACGAAGUCGAGGCAACCGAGGUGUCUCUCCUGGCAACUCUGUCAUUCCCCGACUCUACCCCCAAGCGAGGCUCUGUCUACACUGCGCUCGUUAUCCCUCCGGCAACGGCGGAGCAGCCCAACCCCCUGCCAGUGGGCAUGGCCCUUUUCUUCUACAACUACUCCACCUGGCGCUCCGCUCCGGGCAUCUACCUCGAGGACCUCUACGUACAGCCGAGCGCGCGCGGCAACGGAUAUGGCUUCAAGCUACUCAAGUACCUUGCGGCUAAGGUCCUGGAGGUCAACGGCAGACGGCUCGAAUGGAGCGUCCUCAAGUGGAACGAGCCAAGCAUCAAGUUCUACGAGCAGGUGGGCGCCAAAGCGAUGGAUGAGUGGACCAAGAUGAUGAUGGAGGGACCCGCUUUGAACAAGCUUGCGGAAGGAAUCUGAUCGCGCGCGAGUUUUGACUCUGGUUCGUGAAUCAUCAGGCGAUUAUUGUGAGUCCGGCCUCGGGAGGACACACACCAAUGCCCUUCUGACACGUUAAGUGACCAAGUGUCUUGCGGGUUGUGUCGUGGUUUGCGCUGGUCGACUUCUCAGAAGAGUCGCUUUCGAGGCUCUCAGCAGGAAGGACUGGAAUUCGGUAACCCCUUGGCUAUGUUUCAUUUUUCAAUCGCUGAACAUGUACAUACAUACAUUAAAAUACCCCCGAGUGAGGAUCACGUUUC